GCCAUAAGGACCAGGGAUGGAAGUGGAGAAGGCUGUGGAGGGAGGGAGCCGAGGGCGGGUGGAAGUGGCUUCACCUGACUCUCCCGAUCCUCYCCUAACUGAUGGCAUCUCCUGGCACAGACUGCAGGCCUGGCUGGGGGAGAGAGGCAGCUGAGUCCUCUACCUGGAGCCUUCCUAGGAUCACAUUCCCUCGGCCCAGAACUCUCCAGGAAUCUUACAGACUGAGCGAAUGAAGAGUGCCUGAGAGGCGGAGAGUCACAUUCCCUAAGAUGGAGAAGACAGAUGCCAAAGACCAGAUCUCUCGGGGGAAUGAAGAGAAAGACCCUCCCAGGAGCCACCCGUACUCUGUGGAGACCCCAUAUGGCUUUCACUUGGACCUGGACUUCCUCAAGUAUGUAGAUGACAUUGAGAAAGGGAACACCAUCAAAAGGAUUCCUAUCCACAGAAGAGCCAAGCAGGCCAAGUUUAGCACGUUGCCCCGCAAUUUCAGCCUUCCCGACAGUGGGGCUCGCCCCCAUGUUACUAUCCCCCAGCAAAACUGGUCUCCCGCAGUGCCAAGGAAGGUGUCACCCAGGACCCAGGAGCAAACCCAGUCACUGCUGCUAGGUGAUCCUCCCCAUGCCUCAGCCAGCGGGAGCCAGGUGAGCUAUCAUAGGAAGGCCCUAUUGGCGGAGGCCUCCAGGCAGCUGGAGGCUGCUGCUCCAGAGGAAGCAGAGCUCGCUUCUGGGAGUGGGCGGCCCCAGCUUUUGAGAGCAUCCAGCAUGCCAGCCACGCUGCCGCAAAACAGGGCCUUGGAGGAGCCAAACCUAAGCGUGGGUCUUCCAGCACCUCCUGCCUUCCCUCCUCUGCAGGGGGACAGCAGUGUCUGGGAUGUCACCUUUGGCCCAGCGGAAGGAUUUGCAGGUUUUCACAGCUCCAGCCCUCGAGCAUCCGCCCAACUGACAGUCAGCGAUUUGGGAGACCUGGUGGCAGGGCUCCCAGAGCUGGUCCAGGAGGGGGCUGAGCCUGCAGUGGGGGAAGUGAAGGCUCCAAAUCACCUGUUUCUCCCAGGGCCUCCUCCUGCAUUCCAGAAUGCACUCCUAGAGGAUGUGGAAGGCGAACACCAAACCAGAGAAGCAGAGGGGGUUCUCACCCCUGGCUCCUCAACACCCAGCCCCCCACCUCUGCCAUCUCCCAUCCCUGAGAAUGAGCUCCCUCUGGAGGAAAUCGAGCUCAACAUCAGUGAGAUCCCACCCCCGCCGCCCAUAGAGUUGGAUGUGAGAAGCAUUGGCAUCCGGGUCACUGAGGAAAGCCUGGGCCUUGCCCUGGUGGACCCCAAUAGCAUCUCCACCCUAAAGGAGCAGGUCUCAGCCCUUGAGGGUGAAUUGUCUGGCAGAACCAAGGAACUGACCCAGGUCCGAGCUGCCCUUCAGCAGCAGGAAGAGGAAAUCAAGACGCGGGAGCGGAGGAUUCGAGAGCUAGAGUGCACUGUAGCCCAGUUAGAAGAAAAGCUUAGCCAAGAGACGUCCAGAGAUGCCCAGGGCCAGGCUGAUGCCAUGGUGAACACUGACCYUCCCCGUGGGCUCUUCCCAGGGGAGUCAUGUGACAAGAGCAUCGGGGUCAACCUUCUGAGCAUCACAGACUCUGAAAGCUGGGGGGCCGGGGGAGAGGAGAAUGGCUUCUUAUGGGGGCAAAAUGGUCACACUCAAGCGGGUCAGAGACUGGCAGAGACUGUGCUACCGCCCCAGCUCUCACUGCCACAGGGACCUGARAAGGUCCUUGCCUCCCCUUUACAUUGCUGCCUCCCCACUGAACUCAGGAUUGAAGAAGCAGGCUCUGAGCACCAGGGAGGCCUGCAGGCAGGAGGCGAGAGCCUGGCCAGGGCAGCACAAGGUUCUUCUCGGAGCAGUGACAGACAGGCUGCCCCAGGGGCCAGGGAGGAGCUCCCUGGGAAGGAGCACCCKGGAAGGCCACCAAGCUCUCCAACAGAUGCCACCAUUGGGCAAUAUGUGAAAAAGAUCCAGGAGCUCCUGCAGGAGCAGUGGAGCUGCCUGGAGCAUGGGUACCCGGAGCUGGCCAGCACCAUCAAGCAGCCUGCCUCCAAGCUCAGCAGCAUCCAGAGCCAGCUGCUCAGCUCCCUCAACCAGCUGCUGUCUGCCUACUCAGCCCAGGCUCCCCCACAGGAGCCUGCAGCCCCGCCCUCCUCCCCUCCAACUGGUAAAUACUGGUGCCCAAGGCAGGGAACCUUUUCUCCUUURUAUGACAAAUCCAAGGGAAAAGGGGACAGGACGAGUGACCUCUUCUCCUUCUCCAGCUAUGAGACCACUUCCAGCGAGGAGACCAGUGGUGAGGACAGCUCUCCAGAGGACUUGUCUGACAGCGAGGCUGAGAAGAAAUGUGGUGGCCCAGAACACAGGCAGGGCAAAGAUGCCACCAGCUGCGAGGCUGGACAGGAUGUCCCUGAGGGCACUGACAGCACAGGCCAGGAAAGCGGGUUUGGGGAAGAAGCCCCCCAUCCCAAGGCUGAGAGAUAUAAACCCUCAGAAGAAUUUCUUAACGCAUGCCGAGCAUUGAGCCAGUAUCURCCGGAAACUGGGACCACCACCGACCAGCUCUUG